AUGGAUUUGGAUUUGGACUACUCUGAGUUGGGCGGAAAUAUCUCCUGGGUCUCACCUUUGGAGUCGGCGCAGGUCACUGAGUAUUACAUCUACUUGGGCGACAGUCCGGAGCCUGCCAAGAUGCUGGGAGAAAAUGGUAGCUUCCCAUGGUCAGGACGUUCUCAACUGGGUGUUGUGCCAUUCUUCGAUACUGAGCUCUUUGUGCCGCCAGAGACGCUUCGGCGAGGCUACGGCUAUGUUCUGGUGUAUGCCUCUUCAAGCUUGGCAGAGCAGACCACCCCAGCCGCCCACAUCAUUUACGAUGCAAAUGCCAGCGUGUCAAAUGUGAACUUCGUUGGGAAAGAUCUGGAUUUGGAGGACCUGGGUGGUUAUGUCUCUUGGGUUGAGCCUGCCAGCGAUUUGGAUCGCGUCAUGGCCUACUCAGUCUACCUUUCGCUGGAUGAUAUUGGCACCGGCCGCUCCAAAGUCGAGCAGGAUGUCCUCGUGGGCUCCAAUGAACUUCUCGUGCCACCGGAGACGCCACGGCAGAGCUUCACCCGCUUCGUGGUCUACACCAGGUCCACCCUUGUGGAGCAGAGCACUCCAACAGCUCAUCUCUUAUUUGACACCACAGCCAUGCCACAAAACCUGGACUUCCUGGACAUCGAUGUGGACCGCGGAGAGAUGGGCGGAAACCUCACAUGGAUGGCACCUACAGACCCCACUCAUGUGACAGAGUAUGUCCUCUAUUUGGGAGAGAACGCCCAUGGUUUGGACCGUUCAAUCUUGGGCAAUGUCUCGUGGGAUACCUUUGAGUUCUUCGUUCCGCUCAACACCUUGAUUCUGAACUUUACUCACUUGUUGGUGUAUUCCAAGUCAGAUUUGGCUGAAAUGACCACACCUGCAGCUUUGCUGAUUCGAGAUUCCAUUGCGGAAGUGGACAACAUCACUCUCUUCGAUAGGGACUUGGACGAGAAUGAAGUUGGAGGUGAAAUCACCUGGGACCCUCCAACGGAAGAGCGCAUCGUUGACAAGUACCGGGUGUUCUUCCAGAUUGACGCAGCAGGAACUGUUAAGAGCCAGGUGGAUACCGACAAGCCGCGAGGAGACCUGGCAGUAGCAUUCCCCGGCGACACGGAUAUCACUGGGAUGACUUGGAUUGGCGUUUGGAUCACUGCCUUCGGUGUGGAGCAGCAAACACCCUCGGUCACACAGGUCGUGGAUACGAUCUCAUCCGUGGGCUUUGUGAAGUUUGCUGACGAAGACCUUGAUGCACUGCAGUUAGCUGGCACCAUUUCUUGGGGACCCCCAGCGGAGAUCACCUAUAACCAGGACUAUGUGAUCUACUUUGCCCAAAGUGAAACUGGUACAGCGCGAUCGCUGGUAGGCGUGGUCCCAUUGGGCACCAACUCAUUGGCAGUCCCCUUGGACACCUACUUCAGUCAAUUCACCCACUUCGUGGUCUACACCCGCUCCAUUGCCUAUGAGCAGAGCACACCCUUAGGUGUGCAACUCUAUGAUCACAAUGGCUUGGUUCAGAACCUAGCCUUCAGUGACAAUGAUUUGGACGAGAACAUGCUCGGAGGGCUUCUUCAAUGGACCUUGCCUGCUGACACCUCUGCAGUGCAGCAGUACAACAUCUACUUUACGUUCACGGCUGAUCAGUUUGAUCCGCUCUUCCGUCGAGACAUUGUGGCCCUGGGGCUCUCUCCCAGCGCCACCCACCAAAUGUUGCCUUUGGGCACGUCCAAGAUCAGUGCUGAUGGCUUGGAAGAGGUCUCAUGCAAUCUCACGGCGGCAGAUGCCGUACUGAGCGUGUUUUACAAUGGCAGUGACCUCUCCAACUAUGUCACAGGAACAUUCUCUGAAUGGUCUAACACCAAGAAGUUCAGCUUCCUAAAGGUGCCUGGCGCUUAUUUGGUCAUCUCUGCCAGUAGCAUGUUGACGGCCGAUUGGUGCUCUCCCACAGAGAACAUUUGCGUCGCAGGGACCUUCAAUCAAGGCUUGAACUAUUGCUCUGUGGCGGGCUUCAGCCUUGAAUGCUCCGAUGGGGUCACUGCGGGUGACAUUGGUUGGGAGGCCUAUGGCUCCAGCAUAGAUGUGGAUUCUUUGCAUCAGGCCGGCGGCGGCACUGGUUGGAGCACUACGUGUGCAUCAGAGUCCAACUUCUACCUGAUUGAGAACUCUCUCAGUGCCAAAAUCUGGGCCUCUGCGGGUUUGCAGCACGCUGCAUUCCGACUUCUCAGCGGUUCUUUGUCGCCCACUCGCAAUGAAACCUACUCCCACUUUAUGGUCUAUGCAGAAUCUACUUUGGCAGAGCAGACGACCCCUGCAGUCCUGCAGAUUGUUGACAGCAUUGCCUCAGUGGAUUACAUGCGGUUCGUGGACGAGGACUUAGGUUUGGCAUCGAUUGGAGGGGAAGUACGGUGGAAUCCGGUGGGAGAUAUUCAGCUGGCCUCGGCCUACUCUGUCUAUUUGGCCACUGAUUCGAGUGGAGCGGAUCGAUCCUUGUUGGGUACGUCGCCAGUGGGUACCACCGUGCUGACAGUACCCCAGGGCACCUUGCUGACCCAAAACUUCACUCACGUCGUGAUCUACGUUGAGUCCUUCUUGGUCCAGCAACGUUUGCCAGCAUGGUCCUUGUUCCUCGUGGACGAGUACGAAGGCCUUUGCGAGUCCGAUGUGUGCGGGUUCGGUGGUGGCCAGCCGACCCGUGUUGGCUCCUGCACCACUGCAGCUGGCUGCAGUGAUUGCGACUUGAAUCCUUUGCGCAUUCAGACCAUCACUACAGCCAUCGCGGGAGACAUGGUCCUGAUCACCACGGAGGCAGGGACUGAUGUCUUCAACUUCUGGUCAAAGCUGUCCUCGUGUGGAGUGACCAUUCUGGACGUGCAUUACUACAAGGCGAUCGGGCCAACCACUCCGAGCACCACCGACACCACAGUAAGCUUUCAAUGCCGCUUUUCAUGUCUACCGGGCGCAGACUGUCAGACCUGUGUUGCGGCGGAGCAGGGCAUCGUCAGUGGAACCACUGUGGACGAUGAUGGUUAUUCGGUUUGGCGCUAUUUGGCCUGUGCCUUCCGUGGCCUGUCCAAUGCAGCAGAUUCGGAGCUCACCUACUCCUACGUCUUUUCCAAAGGGGUCUACCUGGGCUCCGCAGCAGAGGCUGCAAUUACUGGCUGCGAGCCAUACAUCAUGGCAGUUGCAUCAGAGCCUCCCUUCCAGUUGGCGAGCGUCAAUGUGGGUUGUACAGGACUAGCAUGCGAGUUGAAAUGA